ACAUCCAGGGGUGGCUUGGUCCCCCUUGUCCCCCCCUAAAAGCCCUGAGAUGCUCCCACCGAUGCCCACCACCAGCCUGGUGGCUCUCUGGAGGGUGCCUAAGCCUCCCCCAGGUGAUGCUGAGCCUUGAUCCUCUUAAAACCCAGCUCAUCCAGUGACAAGGUGCGCGGCGCGGGGGUGACCUUGUCGCAGGAGGGCUGCGCUGGAUUUCUCCGGGUCCUGGGAAAGCAUCUUCUCCCUCGCGCGUUUGCCCUGGAUUUCAGCUGUGCCGGUGGAGGGACAGGGGUAAAAAUCUGCCCGCACAGCCUCGGAGGAGCAAUUGAGCGGCCGUAACGUGAAGAGCUGAACUUCUGCCGUGCGUUUUCCUGGCGUUCAGCGUUAUUUAACCGCCGGGUCAAGGCGCAAACCACUGCUGAGCCGCACGUCGAGGAGGCACCGGGACUAUAAAUAGCGGGAUGGCGCGGCGCGACGGGCGCAAAGCCGCCAGCAAGUACAACUCGCAGUACCACAAGCUGUUCAAGGACAUCCCCACGGAGGAGAGCGUGCUGAAAGUUUGCUCCUGUGCGCUCCAGAGGGACAUCCUCAUCCAGGGACGGCUUUACAUCUCCCCCAACUGGCUCUGCUUCUACGCGAACCUUUUCGGGAAGGACAUCAAGGUCGUCAUCCCGGUGGUCUCCGUCCAGCUCAUCAAAAAGCACAAGACGGCGCGGCUGCUGCCCAACGGCCUGGCCAUCACCACCACCGCCAGCAGGAAGUACAUCUUUGUGUCGCUGAUCUCCCGCGACAGCGUGUACGACGUGCUGCGGAGAGUCUGCACGCACCUGCAGGUUUCGAGUAAGAAGAGCUUGAGCUUGAAGGAGUUCACGGAGGAGCCUGAUGCCGUGUCCCUGGAGGUGAUCGUCCCCGAGGGCAAGUGGAGGAAGGUGUCUCCUGCGUCGCUCUCCCUGUCCCUGCCGGACGCUGACUACCAGUGCAUCCACCGGGCCUCCGUCAGCAGCCUCAGCGCCAAGGAGAGCUUCACCUCCGAGGAGCCCCUGGCCUCAGGUGAGGGCUGCGCCCGGCCGGGGACGCGGCGUGGGAGGAGGCGCAGAAACCGACUCUCGGCUUGCGUUGCAGAAAGUGCAAUAAACACAGAGGAGGAGCUGGAGGUGGAGCAGAGCUGCGUGGCGGAGCUGAGACCCUCCGACUACCAGCUCCUGAAGAUCUUCAUCGUGCUGAUCUGCCUCCUGGUCGUGUCCUCCUCCUACCUGGCGUUCCGCAUCUUCCGCCUGGAGCAGCAGCUCUGCUCCCUGAACCGGGACUACCUCUCCCGCGGGCACAGGAGGUGACCGUCACCCCCAGCACGGGACGAGGACCAGACGGUAGCACUUUGUGUACGGGGCCGGCAUGGCUGUGGCGUCCCUCCAGGGGGGACCGGUGCCGUCUUCCAGCCGAACCCCGCGACUCGCACGCGGCCCGGCUUCCCCUCAGCCGGUAAAACGGGACCAAACUCCUCUCCUCCUGCCUCCUGCUCCCCGCAGGACUGCCCGGCCGGCUUGCGGCCGUGGGUGCCAACUCCCCCUACCACUACGAACCCCUUUCCUCCCUGGGACGCCGACGUGCCCUAGCACCGGAUGAUGGCUCGGGGAGGGAAGCGAGCCCCCCCCUUAAGACUUGCUGCUAAAAUGGUCACUGUUUUUUACUCCAGACGUGGGUUUUCUUGUUGAAAGAUGACCUGAGGCUCACUGGGAGCCCUGUAAACACGUGGAUGAGCUGCGUCUGCCCUGGGUGAAGCUCUGGGGCAGGUGCAGCUGCACCGGCCUGUUUGUCCCUCUCUGCGAGCCCCUCCUGCAGCCCAGACCCCGCGGGGAUGGGGGCACAACCUGGGCUCCCCCCAGCCCCUUCCGUCCUGGAGUAAAGGGGCCUCAGCGCGUGCGGCCCCGCGCAAAGCACUUUAGGGUCCUCCACAACAGGCGUCCUCUGCAGGGACCAUGCCUGGGAAUGGUGCUGGACCAAGGGCUCGUUAGCCCCGCUCGCCUCGUUAAGAUGUCCCACAAGGCCUGGCUGUCACGGGUGAGCAGCCGGGAUGGCGACAUGCCCCCUGCGUGUGUUAACCCUCGUCACUGCGCGGAGCGAGCAGGAUUUGUCUGAACCCUUCCCUUGUGCGGCGUGUCGGGAAGGCAGGGGAUACCUGUGCGAUUUCUUUGUGUUAUUUUUCUGUUUUUCCUGUUUUUUUUGGGAACUAAAAGUGCUGAUGGGGCCAAAUCCCUGAGCCCUGGGGAAAGAGCUCGCUGCCCGGCUCAAGGCUGUGAAAGUAUUUUAAAUGAAAUAAAACCACGAUUUUCUAGCA